GAGAUGACAAAAUAUAUUGUUUUUGAGGCGAAUUUGCUGGAACUAUUUGAUAGAUGCAAAAAGUGUAUGACACCUUGCAGAGGGAACAUCAACUAUGUGCAUGGUUCACUGGUUAAAAUAUCUUAUGUAUGUCCUGCCUGUGAAUUUUCUUUCAAAUGGUUUAGCCAGCCUUUUGUCGGGGGAAAGCCAGCUGGGAAUUUAAGCAUGUCUUCUGCCAUUCUCCUCUCUGGAUCAAUUCCUAGUAAAGUAUUGAGGAUGUACAACUUCAUGAACAUAUCCUGUAUCAGCAUGAGUACCUACAUGAGCCACCAGAAGUUCUUUAUUUUCCCAGCAAUUGGGCAUGUUUGGUUUAAUUACCAACAAGAUUAUGUUCAUGAUGUUAUACAAAGUGGUAGAAGUGUUGUUCUUGGCGGUGAUGGUAGAUGUGACACUCCUGGCCAUUGCGCUAAAUAUGGAAGUUACAACAUGAUUGAUUUGGAUGAGGGAAUUGUUGCAGAUAUUCAAUUAGUUCAGAGUAAUGAAGUUCCAAAUAGCCAUCAUAUGGAAAAGGCUGGAUUAGAGAGAAGUAUUGAGUUUUUCCGUCACCAUAACAUACCAAUAAAGACCAUAAUAACAGAUGGACACAAAAUGAUUGCCAAAUGGAUACGGGAACAGAUGCCAGAAACAACACACCACUUGGAUGUAUGGCAUGUUGCCAAAGGUUUAAAGAAAAAGUUGGCCAAACUUUCGUUAGAAAAAGACUGCAAGGACCUUCAGCCAUGGAUAAAAAGUAUUGUCAACCAUCUUUACUGGACUGCUGCCUCUUCGACAGGACUGGACCAGGUUGUCAUUGUUGCUAAGUGGUAUUCUAUUCUGAACCACAUCAUAAAUGUACAUGAUGGGCAUGGUGAUGAAUUUCCAGCAUGUCAGCAUGGGCCUUUAGAGGGCAGAGAAAGGCACAAGAAAUGGCUUAAACCAGGAACAAAGGUGUAUGAAAAGCUGCAGGGAAUUGUGUGUCACUGGCAGAUGAAAAAGAAUAUUGUCAUGUUGUCACCAGGCAAACAAACAUCAGCCUUGGAGGGUUACCAUUCUGUCAUAAACCAUUUUGCACCCAAAAUGAUUGGCUUUUCCUACCAUGGAAUGCUUUGCAGGUUGUGGCUGGCAGCUCUUCACUUUAAUGAGAACAGCCAAAGGGAACAAGCUGUAACAAAGGAUGGCAGAGCACGGUACAAGAUAGUCUAUCCAAAGUUUAAGAAGGGGGAUUACUCUGUCAAGAGAAUUUUGGUAGACUGCACAUAUGACUAUGUACAAAGAGUAAUGACCACAGUGAUGGGUCUUGGAAAGGUGUCACAUAUGAACGAUCAUGAUGUUAAACUGCUGGUAGAUGUUCCUCCUCCUCUUUGUAGUGAAUAUGAGAGACCAGACAAAGAGAUAGCAGUUCAAAAUCUUAUUAGCCGCUUCAACAUUGGAGUAACUAGUCACUGUCAGCCUGAUGGAAACCAGUGUAAUUCUGGCCCAGGAAUGUCCUCCUGAUACGUAAUACUGCACAUGAAGGAAUGACUACCCGUACCUCUUUCCCAAGAAAUUGCCAGCACCAUCUUACAAACUGCCUGUAUGCAGUAUAUCUGCUGCGUCUGAAAACAGAAUUUAAACUUUGACUUUGGGACAAAUAAAAGAUUAAGGACUUUAAUUCAAAUUAUGUAACAAUGUACUUAAUUUUUUUUAAUUUUUUCUUUUUUGUAAUAUGAAUUAAUUAUGUGCACUACAUGUAUAUCUUGAGUUAUAAUAACCAACCAUGUGUAUGUCCAAUUUCAUAGGUCAAAGGUCGAGGUAAAUGUAAUUGGGUUAUAGUUGAGGACCCUAUGACCUUUUGAUAAAUAUUGCGCCAACACUUAAAUAUCUUAAGAAACAUGAUUUCUACAUACAAGGUCAAAAGCAUAGUUUAUAGUUGAGAUGAUAAAAAUUGUGUCAAUUAUUGACAGUGGUGGCUAUAGUGAUCGCUUACAACUCCUUGAUGUCUAGUCUGGUCUCAUUUAAUCAGGGUUGGCAAAAUGUCUUUGUAACCCAUAGAGAAAUAAAGUGUACAAUUCCCAACUUUAAAUUAACUGCAUGCAAUUGGUUUGUUUGCUUUAGUAUUA